CUUCGUUCUUCUUCUCGUUUCCUCUCUACACCUGGCUCUGGAGUUUACAUAUGGUGGUCCUGGUUCUCGCGUUCCACUUGGGAAGAGCAACACCUGUCCUCAAGUCCAGUUAGGGAUCUUGGUGGAACUCGCCCUUGAGUGCUUGGAAACUCUGCUGCGGACUGAUAAGAUAAUCGCCAACCUUAUCCCCUCCCCUCGCGGUAUACAUCGUCCCCAACCCCGCCCUUCUGGCUGACCGCUCAACGCCUUGCUGGACGGUCCGCCUGCAUUCCCCGUGGCCUGAGCAUUGACUGACUCGGCUGGCUGCUCUGCUCGCCUUUUUAUUCUCUUCCUUCUUCCUCUUCCUCAUCGCUUCUUCUCCUUUUCAUCUCUCCAUCCAUCAUGCAACCUAAUCACUAUGACCUCCUGGGUCAGGUGCAAGACGACCCUCGAGCGGUCGGGCGACUGACGCGAGACGCCCAUCAGCCGCCGCGCGAUCCGGCCACUCUUCAGCAGUCCCGGUCGCCUGCUGCUGGCUUGCCCACGAGAUCCGAAGACUCCUGGAUCGAGGUCGCCUCCCAGCCCUCGUCUUCUUCCCUGUCCUCCAUCGGUACCACCGACGAUAUUAUUACCACGGGCCUCCGCGUCCAGCAAAAUGAAGCCAGCCCGUACCAUCGUAGCCGUCGCCGGCGCCUGCAACGACUGGCCGCGGUCACCACCGCCCAGGUCGACUACUCGUCCCGCGAACAAAGCAGUAGUCAGGAUGAAUACGAGGAGAGUGAGAGCGAGUCGGACCGCGUCCUGAGCAGUUCGAACGAGGACAUGGUCCCACCCAUGGGAACCCCUUUCUUACCGGGGCCGGGUCUAGUCUCCUCUCCCUCCGACGAUGCAUCGAGCGAGGAGGAUGACGACGACAACUCGACUGCGUUGGGAAUGCGGAUGGACUCAGCUCCGUUUGUUCCUCAGCCUAAUGUCUUUUCCCACCCACCGGCAUCCCAGAAUCCGUCCUGGUCCAGGCCAACCGAGCGACACCGUCCUCAGCCCAGUGAGGUGUCCAACUCCAGCCGUCGGACGGCCAUCCGACGCAACUCUCAAGCAAGCAUACGCUCUGCCCGGCGGUCUUCCCAACAACACAGCCCGUUCAACAUGAUCUCACCAUCCCACCAUGCCGAUCACGAUGCUGCGCUGCGGGCCAGUCUGUCCACUCUACUCUCCUGUGCUGCUGCUGCCCGAGGUCUGCCAAAAUCCGAUCCUCCCCAAACGCAGCCUGGUCCAUCACGGGGUCACCCCGCAUCCUUCCGACUAGUAUCCGAGUCCGUCGCGAUGGGCGAGGAAGUCAGCGAGGAAGCCGUAGGGACGGUGGACACGAACCCCACCCGGGCCCCGCGGAUGGGACCCACUCCGCAACCGGUGGCAUACUCGCCGCGCACCGUCCCUUCUGCCCCUCGAGCCAAGCGACGGCCCAGCCCUUCCAAAGAACGCAGUCACUCGUCCGCGAAGAAGAGCCGUCGAGCCAGUAUUGCGGAUGCUGCCACCAGUCCCACCGUCAUGACGUGGGUAAUCAGUGCGGGUGUCGUGGUGUUGUUUUCCGCCAUCAGCUUCUCCGCCGGAUACGUCCUGGGCCGCGAAGUCGGCCGCCUGGAGGCCAGCGGUACGGGCAUCGGAUCCGUGAUGGGCGACAGCGGCGUCCCGGACCGAGCCACGGGAUGCGGUCAGGAAGCGGUCCGGGGCGGGCUGAAGCGGCUUCGCUGGGGAUCGGGGCCUUCGGGAUCGGGCAUCAUUGCGUGAACCAUAUACUGCAUUACUUUUACAUGUGCUGCUGGCAAUAAUGGUAAAUACGGACAGAUAUGAGGUAUAUCGGUGGGCUGCAUGUCUUACGUUUCCUAUGUCUCCUCUCUGGAAAGGCGGAUGCAUGCAUACAUAGCCGGGCUUCGUCUGAUCAGAUAUUGGAUCCUGUGGAGCUCUGGAUGCGAUGCUGGGAAAAGUAGCCGGGUCGGGGAUCUCUGUGGAUGGGUGGCGUUUGGUUCUUUGGUGUUAUACCCCUUGGUAGCUAGUCAAUGUAUUGUUCCUGGUCAGA